UCGAGCAGAAUGUUGGCCCAGCGGUGCAGUGGCUAUAUAAAGCGCAACUGUGGCCCAAAACAGACAUUAUCAGUCCAGACUCAUCCACUAGACAACCACAGCAACAUGUUCAAAUUCCUCAUCAUUGCCGCUCUCGUUGCCUGCGCCGUGGCCAAGCCGGGCGUCGUUGCACCACUCGCCGCACCACUGGCCUACGCGAAUGCACCACUUUAUGCUGCGGGCGGCAGCAGCCAGGUGGAUAUCCGCAACAACUAUGAUGGCACCCAAUCCUCCUACACCACGGCACCCUUCGAGCUGACACCACCCUACUCCAGCCGCUAUGUCUCCGGUAUUCCAGCUGCCUAUGCCGCCGCCGCCCCAUACGCCGCUCCGUACGCCGCUGCUCCUCUGGCCUCGCCAUAUGCCGCUCCUCUGGUUGCACCAUACGCUUCACCCUACACCCUUGGCUCACCCUUUGCCGCUCCCUAUGCCGCUCCUUAUGCCGCUCCUUAUGCCGCACCCUAUGCCGCUCCUUAUGCCGCGCCCUACAGCUUCCCCGCCCCUGCUCCAGUUGUGGUCUAG